AUGCCAUUGAUCCUGACAUUGAAGUCGCCGCGGCUUGCGGCGGCACUGCUGGGCAACCUUUGCUCGUUGGUUUUGGACUACUGCGCUCGGGUCAAAGUAGGUGGCACGCAUCUCACCUAUUCGUAUCUCAAGCAGCUUCCUGUGCUGGCGCCAAAUCAAUACACGGACGAAGACCUUGCCUUCAUCGUCCCGCGAGUGCUGGAGCUCACAUUCACAGCCCACGACCUGCAACCUUGGGCGAAAGACCUAGGAUUUGGCGGCACACCCUUCGUCUUCAAUUCGCAGCGCCGCGCUGAUAUUCGCGCGGAACUUGAUGCCUACUACGCUCACCUGUAUGGCCUGACGCGCGAAGAGUUGCGCUACAUCCUCGACCCCGCCGAUGUCAUGGGCGAGGACUACCCCAGCGAAACCUUCCGCGUACUCAAGAACAAGGAACGCAUUCCCGGAACGGAGCACUACCGGACUCAGCAGUUGGUGCUAGCUGCAUGGGAUGCGUUGGAGUUUCGACAGCCGAUCACGACGCCGGCACCCAAGCCAGUCCGCCGCAGGGCACCAUUGCCGAUAUAUGCAGAAGGCGGUACUCCGGCCUCCGCCGCAGAAGAUUGGCUGGCGGGGCUGAUAGUCGAUGUGCUUCAACAAGACCGGCCAUGUGAUGACAAUCAGCUUCGGCGAAUUCUCGGUGCCCGGCUCCCAGAAAAAACUCCGGAUGCAGAGGUCCUGCCUGAUUGGCUGGCGCCUGUAAAUACAGAACGCUGGGGACACAUUUGUAGUUGGCUUCGCGCUCUUUUGGGCGUCCCAGCAACGGCCCCCCUGUCCAUUCGUGACACCCAAGCGCAAGCAGAAGUCCUGGGUGACCAUCGCACCGAAUCGCUGGCUCGAGCUUUGAUUGCGGCUCGUCGCCAACAAGAAGCAGCACUGGUAGAAGUUCUGGCAGCCAUUUCCACCAUCAACCAUGCCAGACCCCGCCUGUGGGUGGAAACACUAUGGCUGCUGGAUUCGCUAACAACUCAGCAACCGUUACGCGAGAUUCCAUUGCGGCGUGGACUCAACCUGAUCGUGUCGCCGCCUGGCAAGGGCAGCGCCGGCCACGGGGUCGGGAAAACGGCCUUCUGCCAGUUGCUGCGCUUCGUACUGGACGACCCCCUCUGGUCCGAUGGUUCGACCCUGCGCGAUGAACUGCUGCACAGCCGCGAAUUGAAAGAAGGUGCGGUGGCUGCCCGCGUGCACGUCGGCGGCGAGGUAUGGACAGUUCUGAAACCCUGGCUGCAUCAAAAGCAAUACCGGGCAUCCCGCACGGCCGACUGGCGGCAACUGGCUGCCAGCGAGGUUGAAAAUGAGUUCAGCGCCUAUCAAGCUGCGCUGCGGCAGCAUCUGGUGGAGAUACUUCCCGUGCAAAAGCUGCCCGGUCCGAGCAUCCCAUCGAAUGGCACCAGAUUCUGGCCUGGUGUUCGCGUGACCAGAACGCCCGUUAUCAAAACUACUACCAGUGGCGCUCGGAUGGCGUCAGAUUCAGCCUGCCAGCAAAGUCACCGGCCGCACUGA